AUUCCGAACAGGAAGCCAAAAUCAAAGUCUCGUCUAUAACGAGAAAAUCACUGUUGUUCUGGGCAACAUUUACAAAUGGCCGCCCAUAGGGGCAAUCCAACUAUAGUUUAUGCUGGAUAAUCUGUUUGUGCCAUUUUAUCGGUGUAUGCUGGCACUCAAACCAUGUGAGUGUGAAUCUGAAACAAGAAAAAACAAAUAUGGAUUGUGGAGUGAUCCGUUAACGGAAUUGAAGAAAGUCUUCACCAUCAGUGCUUCACCUCUAUUUGACCUUAACGAACAGUUUUGGCCAUGGUGAGCAUUCCUGAUUGGUCAAAGUUUGCACGGGUGCAGGAGGGCCUGAAGGACUCGCGCAAUGUGCACCUCAACAAAUACUACAAACAGCGCGAGGAGGAAGCUAUUCGCCAAGCUGAGGAGCGUGGCUACUUCAGAGUGCCCACACAAACCUACCUCCUAGAGGAAAAUGACUUUCGUAAUGGCAGGAAAGUGCGUGACCUCAGCCAGCUACAGCUGGUGAAGCUUGUGGGUGUUCACCUACGGAAGAUUGGUGACAUCGCCUACUGUGUGAACCUCCGCAUCUGUGUCCUUAGCAACAACUUCCUCACAAAAAUAGACGACCUUACAUCAUGUCGCCAGCUAGUCAAAUUGGAUCUCCAUAGUAACCAGAUAAGCAGUAUUCCUGGAGUGGCUUUCUGGUCUGGAAUGAGGAAACUUAGGAUAUUACAUCUCCACGACAACCCUCUUGGAAAAUAUGAGACAUUACAAAAUCUGGCGACUUGUCCGUCACUGAUUGUUCUAACCCUGUACGACACGCCCCUUAGCCUGAAGCGUAACUAUCGGCACCAUGUUGUCAACAGUGUUUGGUCACUCAAGGCGCUCGACCAUCAUGUCAUAUCUGAUGAAGAAAUCAUUGAGGAUGCCAUCUUCGGUGGGAAGUUUGGAACACUUCAUCCUGCCUUUAGGAUUGAUCUGUGCCCCCCUACAUUAGAGGACUCUGACUAUCAGGAGGAGCUGUACACAAUCUACCUGGUGGAGGCCUACAUCAACCACAUCAUGGCCCACCACUCUCCUGUCCUCAUCAUACAGCGCUUCAUGAGGGGUCACCUGGCCAGGAAAAGGUAUGGACACCUUGGUAGAAAGAUCAACCAGAUGAAGCAGGGUGGUGAGCUAUCACUGAUCCCGUCUGAGCUGAUUCCCCCGCCUCCAAGCUCCUCCCCAGCCUUUGGGGCCAGUGCCAGUGGCCAGGAUCUGUCUGGUGCUGGGAGUAUGAGCAUGGACUAUGAUACUUACAUAAAGGACCGUCGACCUGACACUUCAUCAGGGCCACCUAGUGAGGGAACAUUGACAUCUCUGGCAAAACCCACAACGUCAGAGAGUGUAGACGAGCCCCACCCAACACCACUGGAGGGUCACACACCAGUCCAGGAUGAUGACAUUGGCACACCAAAAAAACGGAAAAACCUUCUGAUCAAUCUUGCAAAGCUGCAGACGGGAACCUUCUCAAGUCUGUAUGAUGAAGCGAUUGCCAUAGAGACAAUCUUGCCUGAAAAUUCAGGAGAGAAAAUUGUGACCACAACAGAAAAGAAAUCACGGCGUAAGAAAAGAAAGGAACAGCAAAAGAAAGUGGUAAAAAGUGUGAAGCAGUUCUUUGGUCCUAUUAUGGAGUCAUCUGCAGCUCCAGAGGAAUCUCCCAGGGAGGAGGAGGAUGACACCCAGAUCACAGAGUACCGCCUCAGGGGGAUUAAACCAGACGUCAUGUACAUCGAUGCUACAACGGAAAUGAUUCUGUCAAAGCAGGAAGCAGGUCGUCUAGUGAGAGAUGCAGAGGAUGAAAUUCAUAUGAGAGCAAGGGAUCUGCCCAAACCAAAAGUCACCCCUCGCAAGUCUGUAAACACCAACCAACGAAUGUUUGCCCGUGUGCAUGGUACCAUGGGCAUCUCCAGUCUGCUGGCUGUUCACCAGGCCUACAGGGACCGGGAGAAAGCUGAACAGACUGCAGCCAAAAUGGAACACAUCCUUACAAUGCGUGAUGACCGUGACAGGGCAAAGGAGAGAAUACGCCUUCAUAAUGAUGAGAAACGUAACAUGGCUCUUCGAAAGCGUGAUGCUGAGCGAAGCCAAAUGCUGGAAACUCUUGAGAGGAAGGAGAUGAAAAGAUUAAGUUAUUUGGAGAAACGUACUGAUUUGAAGGCAAAGUCAUCAGAUUAUAAUCGAUCUUACAAAACAGACUUUGCAUUUAUCACAGAAUUCAGCAAUCAGCAUACGUCUGUGUCAAAUGCUCUGAUGCGACACGACAAGCAGGCACGUACUGAGGACAACAUUACCCUGAAGACCGACAUAGUUCAGUCUCACAACACUGCCAAGACCGAGCAGCAGGAAGUCGUUAAAAAGUACAUGGAGCACCGGCAGCUGAUGAGGCAGACCGAGGCGUCCAUGUCCCGAGCCACACUCGACACACGUAUGCUCCAGGAAGCCAAUGACCGGCUGUUUGAGGCAAAAUCUCGUGUUGCCCAGCAGAAAGCUCGUCGGGAGACAGUACAGACAUUCUAUCCCCUCCCACAACAUGUUACUCCUGCCCCUGGAUCCUCAAUUACUGAGCUCCCUCCCGUCAGUCCGGGAGCAACACGAUUUGAGGCCAACGUAAUGAUGACUCAGGGUCGCGUGGGCAAGCACCCAACUUUACUAACAUGAAUACAGCUCCAUCUCCUUAACAGUUCACUGGUGGUUCUCAUGGACUGGACUGGUAGGCCAGUCUACAACCAGGGUAUUCAUCUCAAAGUCUGAAGUAAAAUUGGAAGAACUUUUCAAAUCUUAAGGAUCUACUUUAGAUUCUUACAUCACUUUGACAUGAUCAGGUUGUUAUGGAAUAUAAAUUAUAAUAUAUAUAUAUACACUUGUAUAAAUAUUUUAGUUGUGAGUCAAAAUUACACAAUAGAUCCAAAGAAAUUUGUUACAUUAUUUAUGAAAAAACUAGCAGAUGCCAUAGAAUAAAGCCAUUCACUUUAACCGUAUUGUAGAGGUUAGGACAUACAACUAUGCAGGUUCUGACCUAUACAGGUUCCGACUCAUAGAGGUUCUAACUUAUGGUUUCUGACUUAUAGAGGUUUUGAAUUAUAAAGGUUCUGACCCUAUAAUUAUGGAACAAAGUGUGACUGAUGUAGGUUAAAAUUAAUUUAUUAAGUAUGAUACAUAAAUAACAAGAUCAGAUUUAUGUCUUUUUGAAGGAAUUAUCUUAUACUUAUCAAGCUAAAGAAGUUCCGUUACAUAACAAAGUUAUGUCCCCUGAAGUUAAUUACUAUAAACAUGAUUUUAUACUUUGUUUUUUGUUAAAUGACGUUAGUCUGUCCCAUAUUAGCAUUAUCAAAAUACUGAUGCUACCAGUCCCUGGUCUGUUUUAAACUCUGAAGUUUGAAUUUAUGGUUGACUCUAUCUAGUCUGUGAUAUGAUGAUAUUAAUCUUUCUAUACCACUACAUUAGUACAGUGGUUCAUGUGUACUGUUCUCGAGUGAAGACGUGUAUCAUUAAACUUUAUUCAUUCGUAACAUUGGAUACCAUAAUUAUAACAGCAUGAAUUGAGACACCUUCCUCCUGUCAAGUCAGUAAAAUCUGUCUCGAGACACCAUCCCUUCUGUCAAAUCAGUAAAAUCUGUCUCGAGACACCAUCCUGUCUGUCAAAUCAGUAAAAUCUGUCUCGAGACACCAUCCCAUCUGUCAAUCAGUAAAAUCUGUCUCAAGACACCAUCCUCCUGUCAAAUCAGUAAAAUCUGUCUCGAGACACCAUCCCUUCUGUCAAAUCAGUAAAAUCUGUCUCGAGACACCAUUUUUUUGUGUCAGCACUCUUGUAUAAAGACACAGUGAUAUCCAUUUAAUCUGCAUUUUAAGUAAAACUUGGCUGAUGUGAAAAUUAAUGGGUGUCUCGGGACAUGUGAUAGAAUGUUCCAUAGGGACAGGUUGUCCUAGGUGACCGGUUGUCCUUGUUGACCAAUUGUUGUUGUUGACAGGUUGUCCUAGGUGACCGGUUGUUGUUGUUGACAUGUUGUUCGUGAUGACAGGUUGUGCACUGUAAUCCUAAAACCAAUCUGUGAUAUUUUAUUUCUUAACUUAUUCUAGCAAAAAGUAACUGAUGACAAUUUUAAACAUGAUAUUUUUACAUUGACUAUAACUUAUAGAUUAUAACUUGUUUAAAUGAUCUUGUUUUUGUAUAUAGCUUUUUACAAUACAUUCCCACUGAAAUUAAUGUCUGCAUUGUUUUUAUUUUAGACUCAAUCAACUUUACCAUUAAAUAAGUUCUACUUAAAUAUACAGGAUACCUGUGUUAUCACUGUUGGUCAAGUUGAUGUAACAAUCUCCUGUAUGAAUAAACUAUUUUCUUAAUA